AUGUACUUCUUCCUCUCCGACCUGUCCUUUGUGGACAUCUGCUUCACAUACAACAUCGUCUCCAAGAUGCUGGUGAACAUCCAGACCCAGAGCAAGGCCAUUUCUUACACAGGCUGCAUCACCCAGAUUCACUUUUUUGUACUCUUUCUUGUGUUGGAUGACUUCCUUUUGACUGUGAUGGCCUAUGACCGGUAUAUGGUCAUCUGUCUUCCCCUGCACAACAUGGUCAUCAUGAAACACAGGCUCUGUGGAUUGCUAGUUCUAUUGUCCUGGGUUGUGUGUUUUUUACAUGCAAUUUUGCAAAGCUUAAUGGUGUUGUGCCUGUCCUUCUGCACAGACUUGGAAAUCCCACAUUUUUUCUGUGAACUUAACCAGGUGGUUCAGUGUGCCUGCUCUGACACCUUUCUCAAUGAUGUGGUGACAUAUUUUGGUGCUGUCUUGCUGGCUGGUGGCCCCCUCAUUGGUAUCCUUUACUCUUACUGGAAGAUUGUGUCCUCCAUCCAUGCAAUCUCAUCAGCUCAGAGCAAGUACAAAGCCUUCUCCACCUGUGCAUCUCACCUCUCUGUGGUCUUCUUAUUUUAUGGCAUAAGUCUAGGUGUGUACCUCAGUUCUGCUGUGACCCAAAUCUCACACUCUACUGCAACAGCCUCAGUGAUGUACAGUGUGGUCACCCCCAUGCUGAACCCCUUCAUCUACAGUCUGAGGAACAAGGACAUUAAGAGGGCUCUGAGAAGAUUUUGA